CGGCGUUCCACUGCCGAUAACGGUAGUCAAUGUGAGGACGACAGAGACUUCCAUGAAUUCUCCUCUCUUGCGUGCGUCCCCAAGUAAGACCAUAGGGAGCUACCAAAGACGAUAGCGUCACGCCGGACCCUCUCCAAAUCUCACGCUGGAGUUGAUUUCUCGUUCAACAGCUCCCGGAGUUUUCCGCCGACCUCACCGAUCUGAUGUGUGUUGACGCGGUGCGCGUACGCUCGAAGGCCUUGCUCUUCUCUGUCACUCUCUAAGCACUCAUGGAAGGAGGAGUUCAUGAGGUGGAUGGGUCCGCUUUCAGAGAGUGCUUCUCUCUGGUGUGGAGAAAUCCGUAUGUGCUUCGGCUGGCGUUUUCUGCAGGAAUUGGUGGUCUGCUCUUUGGUUAUGAUACUGGUGUGAUUUCUGGAGCAUUGCUUUACAUUCGCGACGACUUCCCUUCGGUGGAUAAGAAGACAUGGUUACAGGAGAGCAUUGUGAGCACUGCAGUUGCAGGGGCAAUCAUAGGAGCAGCAAUUGGUGGAUGGAUGAACGACCGUUUUGGAAGGAAGACCACGAUAUUGGUCGCCGACUUCCUUUUUUUUGCAGGUGCUGUGAUCAUGGCAUCUGCUCCUAAUCCUGCACUCCUAAUUGUAGGUCGUGUAUUUGUUGGCCUCGGAGUGGGGAUGGCUUCAAUGACAUCCCCUCUUUACAUAUCAGAAGCCUCACCGGCAAGAAUCCGAGGAGCACUGGUCAGCACCAAUGGCUUCCUCAUCACAGGGGGUCAAUUCCUCUCCUAUCUCAUCAACCUAGCCUUCACAAAGGCACCUGGAACAUGGAGAUGGAUGCUUGGAGUUGCUGCACUUCCUGCUCUAACACAAUUUAUAUUGAUGCUGUUCCUUCCUGAAUCACCUCGAUGGCUUUAUAGAAAGAGAAUGGAAGAAGAAGCUGAAGCCAUACUGAGAAAGAUAUAUCCAGCAAAUGAGGUCGAAGGAGAGGUCCAAGCCUUGAAAGAAUCGGUUGAAGCUGAGAUCCAGGCAGAAGGAUCAUCCGAGAAGAUUAACCUCAUCAAGCUGCUGAAAACUAAGACAGUAAGGCGCGGUCUUGUGGCGGGAGUAGGACUGCAGGUGUUUCAGCAGUUUGUGGGCAUCAACACUGUCAUGUACUACAGUCCCACCAUAGUUCAAUUAGCUGGCUUCGCGUCGAACCAGACAGCGCUUGCACUCUCACUGGUGACAUCCGGUCUCAAUGCCUUGGGAUCCAUCGUCAGUAUUUACUUCAUAGACAGGACAGGGAGGAAGAAGCUUCUGAUCAUCAGCUUGUGCGGUGUUGUUCUUUCUCUCGGUGUUCUAUCGGCUGUCUUCCAUGAGACAACUUCUCACUCACCUAGUAUUAGUAGACAGGAAACAGCUCAUUUUGCAGCCUACAGCUGCCCAGCUUAUCAGUCUGCUUCGGCUACUGGUUGGGACUGCAUGAAAUGCUUGAAAGCAUCGUCUCCGGACUGUGGAUUUUGUGCUGCUGCUGCCGAUAAGCUAUAUCCUGGAGCAUGUUGGAUCUCCAAUUCAACGGUGAAGGAUCUGUGCCAUGGCGAGAACAGGCUAUGGUACACAAGAGGAUGCCCGAGCCGAUUUGGAUGGCUAGCUCUGAUCGGCUUGGCACUAUAUAUCAUCUUCUUUUCACCAGGGAUGGGGACUGUGCCAUGGAUUGUGAACUCUGAGAUAUAUCCUCUAAGAUUCAGAGGAGUCUGUGGGGGAAUUGCUGCGACUGCAAAUUGGAUAUCCAAUCUGAUCGUGGCGCAAUCAUUUCUGUCGCUAACCGACGCAAUUGGGGCCUCAUGGACCUUCCUGAUCUUUGGUGUGAUAUCGGUAAUCGCUUUGUUCUUUGUGCUGAUUUGUGUGCCGGAGACAAAGGGACUGCCGAUCGAGGAGGUGGAGAAGAUGCUGGAACACAGGGCUGCUCGUUUCAGGUUCUGGAGAAAGGAAACAGAUGAUGAUGGAAAAGAUUCAAAUGUGACAGUGUAGAAUGAUUUAGUGUCUGAUACCUGUACUCAUCGGAACAGAUGCUAUGACAAACACUCAAUAUUUCGUUGCUCUUGA